AUGCGUUUCUGCGAGUACUUUGGUUGCUUCUUCUGCUGUACUUGCCAUACAAACACCCUCAUGGUAGUGCCAAGCGCCGUCCUUUACCACUGGAGCUUUCUCAUGCUACCAGUGAGCAAUUUCGCCCGCGAUAUCCUCUGUCGUUUGCAUUCCCGUCCUGUCAUACAUCUGGCUGAUUUCCAGGCCAUCGUCCUCAGGCGUGAGCACGUCCUUCGUGAUGCCAUUGAACUGCGUCGACAGGCCUCGCGUAUGGUGCCUUUUCUGCGGCUCUGUCGGGAAGAACUCGCCUAUUCGCUUCUAUCGGCAAAAGCAGAUCAGGAGUUAGAAUUUGCUGUUGAAAAACUCAGUGGAAUCGGAACCCAUGCCAACAAGGGGAAGGCUUCAGUACAGUCAAUGGAGCUACGAGGUCCCCCACCGGAAUCCGUGAGUUUAAUCAGAUUCGAAUCAAGUUAUCCGCCCAAAAUACUGCCUGGUAGUCAUCUGAUGGAUUCUUUCUUACCCUCAUUUAGUGACUAA